AAUAUGCUACAUCAAGGCAUAAUAUUGCGCGAGGGACAUGUCACCCGCACCAUCUACAACCUCAUCAAGGACAAGCGCUUCGAGGAUGUCAUCGAGUGCAUUGUGAACUUUGGCGAAGCGGCGAACACCCGGGCCGGGCUCUCGACGCUGGGGUACUGCUACUACCAUGCUCAGAAGUACGAGGAGGCGGCCAGCUGCUAUGAGCAGCUUUGCCAACUGGUGCCCAAGGAGUCAAGGUAUAAGUUCUACUACGCCCAGUCGCUGUACCAAGCGGGCAUAUUUGCAGACGCGUUGCGCAUCCUCAAGCAAAUCAACGAGCAUGACGAACUCAAGGAGCAGUGCCUGCAGCUGCAGAGUGCCAUUCUCUAUUCCAGCGAGGACUAUGCGGGCGCUCAGAGCAUUCUAAAUCAGCGUGCGGGCGGCAAUGCUGACACCCUCAAUGACGAGGGCUGCCUGCUGUACCAAGCGGAUCAAUUCGAUGGAGCUGUCCAGCGUUUCCAGACUUCGCUGCAGGUGGGCGGCUUCAAUGCGUUGGUGGCCUACAACUUGGCUCUGACGCACUUUCGUAAGAAGGAGCGCUCCCAGGCCAUUGACUACACAUCGGAAAUUGUGGAACGUGGCAUUCGCAACCACCCCGAGCUGGGCAUUGGCGCCCAAAUCGACACGGAUGGAAGUGCACGCAGUGUGGGCAAUCCCAUCACCAUGGCCGUUUCGGGCAUUACGCAGGCGCUGAAUCUGAAGGCGGCCAUUGAGUAUCAGGAUGGUAAUAUGGAGUCGGCACGGGAUGCGCUGCUGGACCUGCCGCCGCGUGCCGAAAGCGAACUAGAUCCUGUGACACUGCACAACAUGGCAUUGACAGAUACGCAGGGGCCUGUGGCAGGACUGCGUAAGCUCGCCUUUCUCCUGCAGCUCGGUCCACCAGCCUGCCCAAAGGAGACAUUCGCAAAUAUUCUCCUCAUCUGCUGUAAACACGAGAUGUACGAAACGGCUGCCGAUAUACUGGCCGAGCACACGGAUCUCACUUACAAGUACUUGUCGCAAUAUUUAUACGAACUGCUGGAUGCCCUGAUCACGGCACAGACCAGCGCAGAGCUGGCUGAGAAAAAGCUGGGCACGCUGGCCUCCAGUCUCGCCGGCAAGCUCCGCAGCCUGGCGGCAAAGGUGCAAGAGGUGCGUGCCACAACCGAUCAACAAGCCUUGCGAGACGCACUCAAGGACUACGAGCACGCGCUGGAACUUUACCUGCCGGUGGUUAUGGCACGCGCAUGGAUCUCUUGGCGGGAUGAUGACUUUCUCGGUGCGGAACGGGAGUUUCGUUCUAGUGCCGAGUUCUGUUCUGAGAAUCCCAUUUGGCGUUUGAAUGCCGGGCACGUGCUCUUCAUGCAGGGCGACAAAUACAAGGAGGCGGCUGCAUUCUAUGAGCCAAUAGUGCGUCAGCAUACGGACGACGUCAUGUCCGUUUCCGCCGCCGUUUUGGCCAACCUGUGUGUCUCCUACAUCAUGACCUUUCAGAACGAGGAGGCUGAGGAAUUGAUGCGCAAGGUGGAGAAGGCUGAAGAGCUGAAGGGAAACUUGGGCAAGCAAUACCAUCACCUAUGUAUUGUCAAUCUGGUUGUGGGCACCCUCUACUGCGCCAAGUCCAACUAUGAGUUUGGACUCUCUCGUAUCGCACACGCCCUCGAAGGCGGCUCCGGGGCUCGUCUUUAUGCCGACACUUGGUUGCACGUUAAGCGCUGUGUGCUUGGCCUGCUGACAGGCAUGGCCAAGCAGAACAUCAUUUUGCCGUUUCAGGCAGUGCAGGAGGUGCUCAGCUUUCUCAAAUCCUGCGAGGCCUACGGCCUGUUCACACCCGCAAACAUUUACUCAGCCACGGAACAAGCGCCCGCUGAGCCGCUCACCAUCGGACUAGAGGCGCGUAAAUUGCGCCUUCUUCUAAUCAAGCUUAGCGAAUAUGAAAACUUUUAA